CACUUAGGGGAAGCCUUGUUGGCUGCGCGCCCGCAGCGCCAGAUGCGGAAAAGGCGCUGGCUGGAACGCCUUGCGCCAAGGUGGGCGUUGCUUCCUGGUUUCCGACCUCAGGUACAGAUCCGGAGAGGCGGAGUCUGCUUUUUCCUCUCCUCUGCCAAGGAUCCGAGAGCGAAGGCAGGAGGGAAAGCUGAGGCAGAGCUAUGGCCAGCGAGAAAGAGAUUCUUCGUGUGGUCAAGGACUUAAAGAAUACCGUGACCGAGUUAAACAAAAACUACCAGGAGCAGGGACUACCAGUGACAGACGGGAGUCGGGAGCUGCAACAGUUCUGUGCCCAGCUGGAGUUCCUGUUGCAGUAUGAUCUGAAAGAAAAGAGAAACCUCUUUGGGCAAAGGAAAGAUUACUGGGACUUCCUGAGCCGAAUCCUGACCAGGCUGCACAGUGGUGUGCAUGCAGGGGUGCAACACGUCACCUCCCUCGACAAACUGAAAACAGCUGUGGGGAAGGGAAGGGCUUUCAUUCGUUAUUGCCUGGUCCAUCGGCAGCUGGCGGAGACCUUGCAGCUUUGCUUCAUGGAGCCAGAAGUCAUCAGUGAGUGGUACUACGCACGCAGCCCUUUCUUGGAUCGAAAGCUGUGGACGGACAUCUUGGGCUUCCUCUAUGAGCUGGAUGGCAUGGCCUUUCACCUGGCCCUGCGCAGAGGAGACCUGGAUGCUGCGUGGCCCGUGGUCUCCGAGGUUUUGCCACGAUGUUCCAACCCAGCUGCUAUGCACUCCCAGCAGAAGGAAUCAUCCUUUGAGGCUGGGAAUUCAAACAGAGACUGCACGAACCACCAAAGGGCCACCAAAGUUCAUGAGAGCUCGCCGAGAACCACUAGCAACCAACAUGCUGUUGAGCCAAUUGCUGAUGAUCGACUCAGUGCUGGGCUGGAAAACUCCAUGGAGAAAUGGGUUGGGAUCUGGAGAAGCAGGAAGAACAGUCUGCUGCAGAUAGGUGCUCUCUUGAAGCUGAGUCAUUUUAUGGAAGCGGAUCCAGCUGCUGACAGGGAGGUGCAGAAGGGAAAUGGUGAGCUGCAGGCCCAAGUGGAGAAGCUGAGCAAGGAACAGCCAGGAAGCAUCUCUUCCACCAAGGAACGAUGUUCACUGCUUCAUCAGGCAGAUCACUGCCUGUGUGGAAAGAUGGAGAGGCCACCUACUGAAGGUGACACCAGAUGGAAGCAUGACUUCAAAACGCUGAUGUGGGAGCUUGCUGCUUUGCAGCAAAAGUUGGCCCAGCAGCAAGAGGAGAAUGCAUCUCUGAGACUAACCCUUUUGGAGGAAAACCAGCUUCUGAAAGAGGAGCAGGCAAAACAUGAGCAGCAACACAAGGAGAAGAUGGUUGAGCAGGAAAAACAGCAGCAGGAGUUGGCCAAAACCAUCAAGGCCCUCAGGGAGGCAGAGGACAAGGUUGCCAACCUGACUGGCGAAUGCCAGGAGGCCUGGUCCAAGAGAGAUGCUGCCCAGAGGUCUCUAGAGGAGGCAGAGCAAAGGCUGAGUUCUCAGGAGGCAGAGAGGAGGAAGCACUUGGCAGACAUUGAGGCCCAAGAGUUAAGGCGUCAGCAGCUGGUCUCUCAGUGUCAGGGCCUGCAGGAGAAGCUGAAGGCAUGCGAAGAGAGCUUGGAGAAGUGGGAAGCCCAAGCGGUAGCUCUGAAAAGCCAAGGUGGCCAGCUGGGAAUGAAUGAGGAGCAGUCAGAAGGCAUGAGCUGCAGGCCAGCAGAAAGGGAAGAACAUCCAGCCAUGUUGGAAUGGGGUCCUCCAAGGGGGAAACUGGAGAGGAGCCUUGCUGAGAUACAGGUACUAGAGAGGGAGAAGGAGACUCUUAUGGAAACUCUGGUGUCCCAGGAGAAAAGUCUGGUGUUUUCAAAACUAGAGGUUCAGGACCUUCAGAAGGAGCUGUCAGCAUGUCAGGAGCAUGUUGCGACUCUCCAGACAUCUCUGGAGGAGCGGGGGAAGGCCCUGAGGGUCAAGGAAGAAGCAGCUCAGGGUUUGCAAAGAGAGUUGAAUGACCGGUUGGCCCAGCUGCAGGACGCCCUGGAGAAAAACACUACACUGGAGGCUCAUUUAGAGGAAGCGGCCAGCAAGAAGUCUCAGCUGGAAGCUCAAGCUGUUGAGGAGCAAGCCAGGUGUGAAAGGACUUUGCAGGAACUAGGGAACCAGCUGGGAGCUUUUGAAAAGGAGGUGGCCACACUGCAAGAGGAGAGGCAGCAGCUGCGGGCCACCUUGCAGCAAGUCCUCAAAGAAAGAGAGGCCUUGGCAAUGCAAGCUGAGAGCAUGGCUUCUGCUCUGGACGGACGGACCCAGGAGGCUACGCAGCUUCGGAAAGAGCUGGAGGAGCUCAAGGCCACCAGCAAAGCACAACAGACAUCCUUGCAGGAGACAAAUGAAGUAGUGGCCUCAGUCCUCAGGGGAGAGUGUCUGCAGCUGAGAAAUCAAGUGGAGCAACUGGAGCAGGAGAAGAUGCGGGCCACAAACAUGGUGGAGCAGCUGAGCGAAGACUUGGAGCAGGGCUGGGAAUGGCUCAGGGAGGAAGGUGCUCUAGAGAGGACAUGGCCUCCUUCUGUCACUGUGCUGGACUCGGCGUGCGGGGCCAGAGAUGAAAAAGGCAGGAAGAGGGGCAUCGCUGAGGAAAACAGCCAUGGAGGAGCAGGGUCAUGGCCAAUGAACACAGAGUUUCUUCAGGUCGAUGGGCUGCAAGAUGCGGCAAAUCCUGUCAAGAAAGGGGCCGGUGCUACGCCUAGCGCAGAAGCCCAUGGGAAGUGUCUAACUCACCAUCUGAAGAAAAUGACGGCUGAUGUGCAGCGAGCAAAGCAAAUGUUUGCUGCGAAGGAACAAACGAUGAAGCAUCUCAUGGAGCAGCUGAGCCGGUCUCAGCAGGAAAAAGAACAGUUGCUGCUUUUGCUGGAGAAAAGCCGUCAGGAAUCUGAGGAGAAGGAGAAGAGGUACAAAGGGGAGCUGUCAGAACAGGGGGAGAUCAUUUGCGACAUGAAAGGAAAACUGCUGGAGUUACUGCGGGAAAAAGAUGCCCUGUGGCAAAAGACAGAAGGCAUUGCCUCCACAACAGUAUCUCCAGCUCCUCAGAACCCAGGGGUGUGUGUUCAGUGCAAAAAAGAUUUUAGGCUCAUGUCACGCCGAUACCAGUGCAGGUUGUGUCGGAGCAUCGUAUGUCAUGCCUGCUCGGUGAGCAGCGGGCACAAGGAGCGCUGCUGCCUUCCCUGCUACCAGAAGAGAAAUGGCCAAGGCACCUGACCAGAGGGCUCAGCAAGGCAGCCCAUUCCACCCUGUGGUACAGACACUGCAAGUGAAGAAAAUGGCUCCCUCCCUGAGUGUCAUGUGGGAAUGGAUGUGACUUCUGUUUGGGCAUUGGCUGCAGGCUCCUCCGAAUGAAGAGGAGCAUAUGGUGGCAGUCGGGGACAUUGCAAUGACAGCAAGGAAAUAGCUUAGAAAUUAAAUUUGUAUCAGGGAUGACUCUAAUUAUCCAGCGGGUUCCAGUGGUAAGGGAGCAUCUCUCAUUCUUUCCAGAUCCAACGCUAUUAGCUAGAAGUCUGUUUUUAUCUGAUGUUUCUGUGAGGCAGGGAUCAGCAAAAAAU